AUAAACAAUAUGGCGUCAAAACAAGAAACGCUAUAUCCUGUCUUUAUUUGUUAGGUAUAGUUUAAAGUCACAUGAACUGGAAACACAAUUUUAGAAACAAAAAAUAAUUUAAAAAUUAACAUGGUUUUGUUUGAGAACGUCUUUUUAGGUCAAAGGGUUGAGGUGCGAUGGAACGAUGACAUUUACCAGGGGACGAUACGAUUUAAAGGAACGAUAGCAACCAAAAAAGGAGAGUGGGUUGGUGUGGCCUUGGAUAUCCCAGGUAAAUUGUGAAAAAAUAUGAUAUUUUUAAAGAUAAAUAUCAAAGAUUACAUUUUAAUUCGAUUAAUUAACAGUUAGUUGUCAACCCCUUUAUUAAAUUAGGCACCAUCUAUAAAUAAAAUCACACAAAUUUUGCAGAUUCCCCCCCCCCCCCAUUUUUUCCCCACACCCAUAUCAUUACAAAAAGUUAGCCACACCCUCAAUUAUAAGUCACAAACCUUUGCACCCCUCUUUCAAAAAAUUCCCCUCUCCAUUACUGUCAUAAUAAACCCUUUUUUUAAAAAAAAAUCACGGAUAUUAGGCUUUGCAACUGUGUCAAAAACAUUUCCCUAGAACAGUUGCUCUUAUUCAGUUAAUCAGGAUUAAAAGCACCCGUGAGGUGAAGAUGAACCAGAGAAUUUAUUUACUGCAAUUGCUAGUUCUUGCUGCCUUAAAAUAAAUAAUUUUUCUGCAAUUUUAUUAGCAGCAAUACAUAUUUUGAAUUUUGUUUGCACAUUACGUGCAUUGGUAAUUUUGUUAUUGUUCUAGAAAGUUACAUGAAGAAAUAAGACUACAAUAACUCAUUUAUUUAAUUAUUUUCAUUUUUUAAAUUUUUUGACAAUAUAAUGUAUUCUGGGGGAGGGGAAGUUCGCAUGAAAGGUUUUAAAAUUGAGAGGGGGAUACAGCGUUGCAAACAGGUUAAGAAUACAUGUGCUAGAACAUUUAAUGAUUUACUAAGAUCACACUUCCCUCCAAAUCAAAAUAUUUUAAAUCCAUGAGACGUCACAUUGUAGCCUUAAUUCUAUGACUCCUCUGCAUUUUAACAUAAAUUCUCAAAACUGUCGCUUCACCCUGAGUCUCCUCAGUGACAGCCUGUAACUUGAUUAGAGGCCAUUUUUCAGACCUGACAUACCUGCAUUGAUUCUGUCAGUGAUUGUAGUUUAAAAAUAUAAUCAUUAUAAAUGUAUACAAGAAUAAUGUUAAACUUGUAUACAAUUAAGUGUUAUUGAGUGCAUUUUUUUCAAUAAUGUUGCACUUUUAAUGUGAUUAGCACUGUUUAAACCCCACUCCCCAUCAUCACACAUCAUCACAAAAAUGUGACCCCCCCUCCCCAUUAGACAUGUGACGUCAUUUAUGAAUGGCCCCAUAUUAGUUAUUGCUAUCAUGAAUCUAUAUUAAUAUUAUAACGUCUUAGUCUUCUUAUAAUAGUAAAGUAAAAAUUAAAUGUGAAAAAUCUAUGUAUUUUUCAAAGAAAAGUGUAUUGUCAUAACUAAUAUUAUUAACUUUCUACAUUCAAACAUAGAAUUUAUAGAUGAGUAUGGGCCUGUGGAUCAUCAAUAAAUGAUAUAACACUAUUGUGGCCAACUUUGACACCUCCCCCCCCCCCAUCUCAUCAUAACGCAUUUAUCACAAAAGUUAUACACGUACACCAUCACACCCAGCCAAAAAAAAAAAUGAGGUUAAUUAGAGGAAAGAAAAUUCACCCAUUUUUAUUUCCUAUGAUUAUUGUGAUAUUAACAUAAUCAAGUUAAAAAUAAAAAUAACAAUAACAUUUAAAGAAUUUUUUCAGAUUUGUUUACUUUUUAAGUAGAACCUCAGCUCCUUGGCAUAAUUACAUCUUGCUGUAAAAGUUUCAGAGAACAUAUCUUAAAAGUAACCUAAUGUUUCAGAUGGUGACACAAAUGGGAUGCUGUUUGGUCGCAGAUACUUUCAGUGUCCCCCUAACCAUGGCAUAUUUGUUAGAGCUGACAGAAUUCGAUUUAUUCCAAGCAUUAGAUGGUAGGACUUUCAUUUCAAUCUUACUUUUAAAUAUCCAGUAAAUGAGGAAAGUGUAUAUUUAAACAAAUAUUUUUGAAAGAGUAUGAUGAGAUAUAAUAUACACUUUACACAUUGAUGUAGCUAAAUAAAACAAAUUUUGAAAUAUCAACUACCAAAUUUUUAAAAAAGAUGAUGAAAUUUAUUUAAAUAAAUACCAUGGUUCAGUUUUGAGCAGUGCAUCUAUAAUUUUAUUUUAUUUUUUAAAAACAUUUUUAUAAAUUAUAUAUGAAUGUUAAUUGAAUGUGCACUAUAUUAUGAUUUAUUUAAAAAAAAUUCUUAAUAUAUGAGACUUUAGGCAUGUUAAAUAUAUUAUAUUUUAAUAAUGAUGUAAUUGGCCUAUGACAACAAGGUAUGGGGCACUUUCAACUGCCUGUUUUAGUUGAAUUUGUUGCCUUCAAUAAAAUUUGAUAUAAUUCCCUCAAGUUUCUGUAAUAAAAUUAAUUGUCUAUAAAUGUCAAGCUAUUAUACAAUUUCAGUUUGUACGACAAAUAUCACAAAGUUUCCAACAAAUCCAACGUAGAUGACUUUCUCUUUGAUACACCAAGUAAGUAGAACAAAUGACUGAAAUUCCAGAUCUACACAUCCCGUUACUGAAUAUAUUUAGCUGAUGAGACAAUAAAGUUUUUUCCCUAAGUUACCAAGUCAAUCAGCUGUAUUCUUUAAUUUCAUUCAAGGGCCACCUAUAAAGAAUGGCCCUUACGAUCCCAUCAAUCUCUCAGUGUAUGAUCUUCAAAGAGCCAAAAGUUCUCUUGGAGGUAGGAAGAGUUUGUUUUGUGUCAUUUGUAGAAAUAUAAUUUGAUAGUUGCAUGACACUGAAAUAUCCUCUUUGGAGAACCAAGAAAUACUGUAUUUGUAAAACAAAAUGACCUAUUCUUAUGGUAAGACAUAAAACUGAUCAUGGUUUUAGAACAUGGAAAGAUCUUAAUUGUAAGACAUUAAAUUAUUCUAGAUCUAGUAAUAAUAAAUGGUUGCAAAGAAAAAUAUUUAGAGUUAAAGUGUUAUUGAAAUUAAAUUAACAUUCUUUUCAAAGAUUAUGUCUCGGAAUCAAUUUGGGAGAAGCCGAAAUAUUACAGUCUGAGACAUUCAGUUGGAAAUCUGAUACCAGCUGCAACCAUGCUGAGGGGGCAAAAAGGACUCACGCCAUUUAGGUAAAAUUAUUCAUUUGUUGUUUAGAGUUUACACCUAGAGGCAUUUGCAUAACUUUGAGUCUGUGAAGUUAAUGUUGAAUGUGGCAAAAUUAUGUGAGCCUGUAGCCAUGCAGGAAAAUUGCAGACACGAAUGUACACUUUUUUUCUCUCUUAAUUAAAAAAUCAAAACAAAUCUAUUUGAAUUUUUAACACAAUGCAAUAAAAGUAUAAGAAUUCUGUCUGGAGACAGUUACCAAAGCUUGAAGAACAUUUUAAAAUCAGUGUUAUAAUUAGCCAGUUUUUAAUUACUUCAGCUUUUUAUAAGGCUGAAUAUAAAAGUGGCAAAGUAAUAAAUAACAUAAAAGGCUAAUUAAAAAAAAAAAUUGUUGUAAGUUAAAGUAUUGAAAUAAGAAAUGUCCCCACAACUCCAGAUAUUCUUCAAGUCCACUUCAUGUAGAUUACUGGAAGGAUGACGACUUUGAGCGCAAGCCUUCAAUACCCAAGACACACAUGCCCCACUCUGCCUUGAUACAGCAGGUAAGGAUUUCCAUACUAGAUAAACCAUGUGUACCUUUCAGUAUUGUAGCUGUUGAUGUGAUCCACAUAGAAAAAAAGUACUUAAGUCCAUUAGAAUUGUUUUGAGUAAAAUGAGAUGAACACUUUCGUGUUACCAUUUAAAAUAACUUACUUUUGUAUCUGUGGUUUAAAUAUGAUAUUCGGUGCAGGGCAAGUAGGUAAAUAUCAGUCUGUUCUUAAAACAUAUUUGUCACUACUUUAUUCCACUAGGCCCUUUAAUUUAUGUAUUGAAUAACCUAAAAGUAAUCCAUACAAUUGAAAAACAAUGUCUUUGUUGCAGGUGAGACGCGGCUGGGAGGGGGCUCACUAUGUAAGGGAGAUGACUGUUCCAACAGGCAAAGACAAAAUGAAAAUGUCCCAGUGGAAUGAUAUAUCAGCUUAAACUAGAAGCAGGCUUGAGCCAACACUACAAGUGUUAAGCUUUUUGUUACUUUAGAAUAUCAGUGUCUCCUGCUGGGAUCAAAUUUGUUAAAGUGAUUUUUUGUUGUUGUUUGGGAGAACAAAGUCAUAGAUAGAAAUUACUAGUUUAAAUAAGUGAAUUCCAAGUUUCCUUUGAUAAAGUCAUGGUCUUAGGUUUAAAUUAUGUCCAUCCAAUGACAGUUUUGACUCAACUCUACAACAGGUCUAGAAAUGCUUGCAAGAACCUAAUUAUAGCAAUGGUGGAGAAAGCACCAAACUUUUAGGGGGGAAAAUGUCAAUGGAUCAUCUUAAUAUUUCUGGUUAGUGCCCCCCCCCCCCCGACCCCCCUUUUUCUGAUUGUUAGGUUUAACACAAAGUAUUGUUUACCUACUAUAGCACUAUCACAACUUUGUUGUUAAUCAAGAAUAAGCAUGCGAUCAUUUGCUAAGAAAUACUUUUCUUUAUUGGUCCAGUUGUAUUUUUGUCUGAAAAUUUAUUUGAGCAACUUUUAAUUCAAGUUAAAAUUCAUUUUUUGCAAUACUUUAAUUUAAAAAAAAAACAAGUUUAUUGCUGAUGAAAAAAAUUAUUGUUUAUUGCUAUUAUAAUAUGUUACAAACUUAAUGUUAAUGCACUGUGUUAUAAUAUCAGUCACUGUUACCUUGCAAACGCUGUGAUAUCUUUUGGCACAUUUGCAAUUUUUAUUUCUCAUGGAUAAAAUUAUUGAUGUCUUUAUAAAAAGAGCUUUUUUUAAAAUUUGUGUGUUAAAUUAUUCAACUUUGUUGUUUAUUGAAAUGAUUUUUUUUUUUUUUAAAAAGUUAAACUUUAAAUCUAAGAACAAAACAAAAUAAAAAACAAAUAAAGAGAAAAGAGUAAUGUUAUAAAAUAUAGAUAAUAGAUAAAUCCAAGCUCAAUAAAUCAUACUGUCUAUGUUAUUUUAUUUUAGCAACUUUCAAAGACCAGGGAAAAAUAAGGAUUAUUUUUUUCAUUUUCAGUCAAAGAUUAACUUAUUUUAGUAGUGGUCAAACAUCAGUAAAAAAAUAUUUAGUGGUCAGACACCAGUAGUUGUAGUGGUCAAACAGCACUAGUUUCCUGUUUGGGUACAUCAAACGCUACCUCUAUGACAGAAUUGAGCUUCCCUUUAUCUUCAUCCCUGUACAAACAAACAAACAUAAUUGUCAUGUAUCUCAUCUGUUGCAUUAACACCAGAGUUUUAUCAAGUCUGACCACUUAAGACAUGACUUAAUCUGUCCCUUUAACACCACAGUGCAAUCAAGUCUGACCGCUUAAGACAUAAGACUUAACAUGCCUGACAUUGUGAUGUCAUUUUAUAAAAGUUCAUUUGUAUAUUUAACUCUUUGAAAAAAUAUCUUACUUAUACUACUCUUGAAACCCAAGGCUGUUAGUUAUCAACCUCUGCUUAGAACAGUCAACCCUGAUGACAUCUGUCUCAAUCAUAUCUGUACCACACAGUUGACACCAAUCAUUCUAAAUUGUUAAGUUAACACUAAGAAUUUGGCUCAGGCAAAUCAAUCACUGGUACUCACUGAACUGACCAAUCAUUUGUACUUACUGAGCUGACCAAUCACUGCUUCAUACUGAAUCGAACAAUCAUUUGUACUUACUGAAGUGACCAAUCGCUGGUACUUACUGAACUGAAAGAAUGGCAAACUCAUCAAUGUACUCCUCUGCCCGCCCUGCCAUACCGAAGUGAAAGUGGGGACACAAGAGAUACAGUGUGAGAACCCUGACCAGUGGACAAACGUAGACCAACAGCUCCAGGCAUACAGUGACCAUCAAGUUUUGUGACUGGGAGAUUAAGAAAACUUCACAUGAGUAUAUAAUCAUGUCAGAAUUCUAUCAUAAUCAGGACAUUAAAAUCCUGUAUUUUAUACACUCGGUAAUGUUCUUUAUUUCAUAAAUGUAUUUUAUUUUAAUGUCAUGAUUAUGUCUCUUUUGAUACAAUUUUUAUGUACAGCGCGGUGAGCCCAGCCCUAGGCUAGGGUAUCACGCUAUAUAAGACCUCUUAUUAUUAUUAUUUAUUAUUAUUAUUAGUAGUAAUGUAGAUUCAUUUAGAAUAUCAAUAGGCCAAAAAAUACCCUAACAAUUUUCACUAGCACUUCAAUCUUAACACAAUGAUUGUUAGAACUUGAAUGUUACCCCCAAUGAUUUUUAGCACUUCAGUCUUACCCGGAUGACUGCACUGAUAGCACUUCGAUAUUACCCCAAUGAUUGACGGCGCUUCAAUCUUACCCCUACGAUUGCAGGCACCAGGAAGAUGACGUUGAAUGUUGAUAUGCCAGUAAAUAAAAUCAGGAGCUCUAAA